AUGUCUGCAACACCAGUGGACCCUUAUCGAGGCUUCAUGGUUAACUACGCUCCUCAUGGCAGUGGUAAAGAUGCGAGCCGGGAGGAUAUCAUUCCCUACGGUGCGGCGCAGUUGCUCCAAGAUAGGCCUACUGAACUUCGCUACCACUCUGAUAUAACCCAGCCACCCCUUGGUUCUCCAUCGACGUUUAUCACAAACCACUCGCCGCCACGUCAGCUGCGGUCGCAUUACAACACACACGGGUAUAGACUCUCCCCAAUCCAGGGUAGCAGAAAACGACGACGUACCGACAAUGAGCCUGAGGCCUGUGAAGACACUGAUCACACUUAUGGGUACCGACCUAUCUUGCAAAAUCUACCCAUGGGUGACCCGUCGGCUCAAUCAGGCGAACCAGCCGACCUGACGUACGCUGCUCAUGUCGGCCCUUCGUCUUCCCACCAGACAUCGAACCAGGACUACCUCCAGGCUGCUCUCCCGCAACAACAUCACCACCAUCGGCUACCACCCCAAGCAUUUGGUGCGGCCUCCGCUGGUCAGGGCUCCGAACCAUACCAGCCGCAAAUCGACCGUAGCUUCAUGAACCUUCCAGGCGUGCCUGCACCAUACCCUGAGCCAAAGGCACCAAAGACCAGAUUUGGUCACAAGGAAGAUGAGAUGUUGAUAGCCCUCAAGGAGCAUUGGAAGUUUUCGUGGAGGCAGAUCGAGUGCUUCUUCCCAGGGCGAAAACAACAAACAUUGCAAGUCCGUUACUGUACCAAAUUGAAGGAAAGGGACGUGGUCUGGGAUGAUGCCUUGGACCAGAAGCUGAAAAGGGCACUGGAGGACUAUGAGGACAACAAAUGGGCGCACAUUGCCCGGAAGCUUGGACCUGGUAUACCACCAGCGGCGUCCUCCGGCCUCGCAAGGCGCUCGCCUGCCCGCGCUUUCACCCUCGCCCAGCGCCCCUUCUCUUCCUCCAUCAUUCGCUCCAACGGGAAGAAGUGGCUUCCCAAGCAGGAGGGCAAGAUCCUGACUUUCGAUGAGAUCAAGGGCGAGAACGACCUCUUUGCUCCCGGUGCCAAGCCCGGUACCAUUCCCACCGAUCUCGAACAGGCCACCGGUCUCGAGCGUCUGGAACUCAUCGGAAAGAUGCAGGGCAUUGACAUCUUCGACAUGCGUCCCCUUGAUGCCUCCCGCAAGGGCACACUCGAAGACCCCAUCAUCGUCAACAGCGCCGGUGAUGAGCAGUACGCCGGUUGCACCGGUUUCCCCGCAGACUCCCACCAGGUCAACUGGCUGACCGUUUCCCGCGAGCGCCCCAUCGAGCGCUGCCUCGAGUGCGGCAACGUGAUCAAGAUGAACUACAUCGGACCCGAGGAGGACCCCCAUGCCCACGACCACGACCACGGUCACCACCACCCUCCUCACGUCGAGCCCAAGACCUUCGCCGACUACGUCAAGCCCGACUACUGGUACCGGUAA